CUCACAAACACCACCAGCAAGCAUGUCGAACCCGCAGAUAGCGUCGCAUUUGGCGCAACUCGAAAGCUCAUCGAAUCCUCAACAGCGUACAGAGGGCUACUCGGCGGCGCUCCAAAACAUCGUCUCCACCUUCUCCAGCAACGACCUAUCCGCCAACCUCAUUGCUUACGUUCAAAGCAUCCUCUCCGAUUCCAUCGGCGUCAUCUACUCCCGCCCCCUCCUCUCCAACUUCAUCGAGCAGUACCGCAGCUUGUCCGACAACAAUGUCAAGAUCGAAGCCGGCAAUGCCAUUGUGCAGCUUCUCGCCCCCAAGAUUGUCAGCUACGAACAGCAAGACACCGAUCUGAAGUUCAUCCUCGCCGAUGCCUACGAACUCGACGAAGACUUCACAAAUAGCGCCAAAACCCUCCAAACCAUCACUCUUGACUCUACGCAGCGAAGUGUGAGCGACGAUGACAAGGCAAAAGUGUGGAUGCGCAUCUGUCGCUGCUACCUGGAAGAGGAUGAUCCGACCAAUGCCCUCUCACACCUGAAUAAGAUCAAACAAGUCAUCUUCAGCGUCACCGACCAAGCCACACGUCUUCAAUUUCAGCUGAGCCAGGCGCGCAUUAGCGACUCCCAGCGUAACUUCCUUGACGCCUCCGCCUCCUACCUCGCCCUGUCCAACGAGCCGGUGAUUGACGAAGAAGAGCGCCUGCAAGCUCUCAGUGCCGCCAUCACCUGCGCAGUCCUCGCUCCAGCUGGGCCGCAACGCGCGCGACAGCUAGGAAAGCUGUACAAAGACGAGCGUGCCGUGGAAACAGCGGAGCACAGCAUACUGGAGAAGAUCUUCCUCGACCGCCUGCUCUCUCCCGCCGAAGUGGCCGCGUUCGCAGCAAACCUUAAAGAGCAUCAGCUAGCGAAAACAUCCGACGGAUCCACAGUUCUUGACAAAGCGGUGCUCGAGCACAAUCUUCUCGCCGUUUCGCGCCUGUACCAAAACAUCUCUACCGCCGCCCUGGGAACACUUCUCGGCGUUUCCGAAGAGCGGGCGGAAGCACAGUGCGCGGCCAUGAUCGAGUCAAAUCGACUGUCGGGCUCAAUCGACCAGAUUGAAGGAGCUGUGAACUUCUUCCAGGCCGGCGUUGCGAACAGUGCGGGCAGAAGAAGUGGGGAUUUGGGUGAUGCGGAGUUGAGGGCGUGGGAGGCGAAUGUGGCUGGACUGGCCGAGGAAGUGGAGAAGGUCACGACAAUGCUGCAGACGCAAGAGCCAGUGUGGUAUGAGAGAGUGGCGCGAGAGCUUGAGGCACAGGCAUAGACCCUGCAGUCAUGGGUAGUGGCAUAUGCACAUCCCUCAGCCUGAUCGCGGGCUCGAGUUAUUCUCGUACCUUGACCCUGCCAUGCCAUCCAGUGCAUGAAAGCACGAGCCUAAUGGAGCACUCUCACAACAGCGCGUUGCGCAGACAUCGCAGUUCCAUAGCCCCGCAAUGCUACAAUCGCAUCUUAUCUCAUCAAUCUGUCUCCAUCUAGCCGCGAUGCUGGGCGUUCGUCACUGCACGGAAGC